CAUUGCCGGUCGGGACUCGGCUCAGGUUUUUCCAGCAGUAUACUCAUUGGUCGUAUGCUUCAAGGAUGUCUCUUUCACUCAUAAUAAAAUGGGGUGGACAGGAAUAUUCAAUUACUACGCUUUCAGAGGAAGAUACAGUGCUAGAUCUCAAACAGUCUCUCAAGACACUUACAGGAGUACUUCCAGAACGCCAAAAGUUGCUUGGGCUCAAAGUUAAAGGCAGACCUGCAGAAAAUGAUGUUAAGCUUGGUGCCCUCAAACUGAAACCAAAUACUAAAAUCAUGAUGAUGGGAACUCGGGAGGAGAGCUUGGAAGACGUUUUGGGCCCACCCCCUGACAAUGAUGACGUUGUCAAUGAUUUUGACAUUGAGGAGGAAGUAGUUGAAGUAGAAAAUCGGGAAGAAAAUCUAUUAAAAAUUUCUCGCAGAGUUAAAGAUUACAAAGUGGAAAUUUUGAAUCCUCCGAGAGAAGGGAAAAAGCUCUUGGUACUGGAUGUUGAUUACACUCUAUUUGAUCACAGGUCCUGUGCAGAGACUGGGGUAGAGUUAAUGAGACCCUAUCUUCACGAAUUCCUGACCUCUGCGUAUGAAGAUUAUGAUAUUGUUAUAUGGUCUGCUACAAAUAUGAAGUGGAUUGAAGCCAAAAUGAAAGAACUGGGAGUGAGCACAAAUGCAAAUUACAAAAUCACCUUUAUGUUGGAUAGUGCUGCCAUGAUUACAGUACACACUCCAAGGAGAGGACUUAUAGAUGUAAAACCUCUUGGUGUUAUUUGGGGAAAAUUUUCAGAGUUUUAUAGUAAGAAAAAUACCAUUAUGUUUGAUGAUAUUGGAAGAAAUUUUCUAAUGAACCCACAAAAUGGACUAAAGAUAAGGCCAUUUAUGAAGGCUCACCUGAAUCGAGAUAAAGAUAAAGAGCUUUUAAAGCUAACCCAGUACCUCAAGGAAAUAGCAAAAUUAGAUGACUUCUUGGAACUGAAUCACAAACAUUGGGAAAGAUACCUCUCAAAGAAGCAAGGACAAUAAUCCUAACAAACGCUUAUUGGCAUUUUGAUUGAAGAUUAAAGAUCCUGGGACCUUUCCUUGCUUUUUUGCUAGAUAUUAUAAUAGUGCUGGACACUGAAGCAAACACCAGACUGACUGCUUAUACUUGGUCUUCCAGUUCUGUGGGUUUUUUUUGUUUGUUUGUUUUGUUUUGGGUUUUUUUUUUUUACAUUUUUUUUGAAGAUCACAGCAAUAAGCUAAAAGGAAAAAAAAUGCCAGUUUCUUUUUCUUGUACACAUUAGUGUCACUAUUUAAAACAAUACUUUCUCUUGCACUGCUACCAUGAUUAUUGUAAAUGUUUUUCACUAAAAAUGGAGAAGAAUGCUUUUAGUAAUCCUAAAGAUAUCAUUUAGUAACUUUUGAAAUAAUUGACUCCAGGUUUUAUGUUUUGUAUCAUUAAGCUCUGUAAAGACCAAAACCCAUAUUGAAACUGGAAAUAGGAUUUUAGUAUUUUGUUUAGACCAAAAAAGUUGAGUAAGGAGCCAUAUUUGGUAUCCUUGAAAUUUUAGCAGGCCCUCCAAUUCUCUUGUCCAAGACAUCAUUUCCCUUUCCUGUUCCAGUAUUAGGUCUCUAAACUGCAAGCUGUCUCAGUUUGGUAUGUAUUUGUGUGUCAGUGUUUCUUUGUGCAAGAUGGUUUACUUCAAGACUGGAAAGCACCACCCCAAAGGCAAAUAUGCCAUAGUGUGAAAAGGUGGAUUCUUGGAUUAGAAAAGACAGAUACUGAAAGCUGAGGGGAGAAAAAUCUGAUGUUAUUUUGGUGGCUAAGUAAAAGCACUUCUGCUGAAAAACCAUUUUCAUAACCAGUUAAAAAGCACUAAAUUUCAAAAAGACUGUCUCAGAUUUAUCCCUGCAAAGCAUGAACAAAACCUCCUUGGUUCUAAUUCAAGCUUGUCCAGGUGCAAGCACUGUGUUUCAAUUAAUAUACCUAGCCAUACUGUUUUCCAAGAAUCAUUUACUUGCGCUGCUUAAGCCUGCACUAUAGAAGUGUGAUGUGACUGCUGUUUGGCAUUAUUGACAGUGUUGCAUUAUGCAGUUCUUGUAUUUGAAAGAAAUCUGACCCUUUCAAAUAAAUAUGGUAUAUAUUGUUCUUAAGGGACUGUAGCAGUGGUGUAAAUAAUAAAUACCUUUUCUUAAAACGGUUA